CCUAAGCCAAUCGGGGUUCAGAGCGGGCGGGGCCCGUGCGUGGCUGGUCUGCGCCCUGCUGGGGACUUUGAACUUGGGGCCUGAGCCGGGCGGGGCCGGGCCAUGGAGCGCAGGGCGGCCGGGUCCCUGGGGCUGCUCUCCGAGGAGAACUUUCUGCGCCUGGCCGAGGCCGGGGUGCAGAGCCCCGAGUUCACCGCGCUCUGCGCCCAGCUGGUGGCGGAGCUCCGAGCCCUCUGCCCCCUGGAGGAGGACGUCAGUCCCACCAGCGGCCCCGAAGAUGCCGAGACCUUCCAGAUUGAGUUGAGCGGGCUGCUGCAGGAGCUGCACUGCCCCUACGCCGCGCUCACCACGGGGGACGUGACCGCCCGCCUGGGCAGCGCCCACCUCUGCCUCCAGCUGCUGUACUUCCUGAGCUCGGAGCUGCAGGCCGCCCGGCUCCUGAGCCGGAAACGCCCCCCUUCGCCGCGGCAGGGAGCAGGGGCCGGCACUGCCCAGCAGGAGCUGCUGCUCAUCAACCAGGUGCUGGGCAGGCCGGAGCCGGCCCCGACCUGCCCCAUCCCCCAGCUCCUGGAGGACAUAAAAUCCAAGGUAGCGGAGGCCCUGUCCGCGCUGCCCGCCGGCCACCAGGAGAUGGCACCGCUGCUGAGGGCGCCGCUGACGGCUCGGCAGUGGGAGGCGCUGGAGGGGAUCCGGCAAGCCCUAUGUGCCGAGUACGAAUGCCGCAAGCGCAUGAUGAUCACGCGCUUCAACGUCACCCUGCAGUCCUUCCACUGGUCCGAGAGGGCGAAGGCCCAGGGCUCCGCGCUGCUGGCGGCCGUCUCCCCGCUGCGGCAGGCUGAGUUGGUGGCCUCCGGCGUCACCCUGGCCCGGCUGCUGGCCACCCGCGCGGACGCCUCGCGCAUCGUCAGCACCAGCAGCGGGCGCUGCCGCCACCGGACCAGCUGUGCCAUCAACAAGGUGCUGAUGGGCGGCGUCCCAGACCGAGGGGGCCGCCCCAAUGAGAUCGAGCCCCCCAUGCCCACCUGGGAGAAGAGGCGCGAGGGGGGGGGAGGCCGACGGGGCAAGAAGAAGAAAUGAAGCCUGCUCCGUCUCUGCCGGGAGCCCCCCCCCUACACUGCAGGGGGGGCAGGCAGAGCACCUGGGGGGCAGAGACUCAAGGCCUCAGAGCCCAACUAUGCAGAGUGGGCGGUGGAGGGGAGCUGGGGCUCAGAGGGGCUGCGGCCCCCUACAGCCAGGGCAGGGCCGGCUCCAGGCACCAGCUGAGCAAGCAGGUGCUUGGGGCGGCCAAGGGGAAGGGGCGGCAUGUCGGGCGAUUCGGCGGAGGGUCCCUGUCCCUCUCGGAGGGAAGGACCUACCGCCGAAUUGCUGCCAAUCGCGGUCUUUUUUUUUUUUUGCCGCUUGGGGCGGCAAAAACCCUGGAGCCGGCCCUGAGCCAGGGGGUGAUAGCAGCUACUGAUCAGAGGUCAGGACGCCUGGGUUCUGGUCCCAGCUCUGGGAGGGGAGUGUGGGGGGGCUGGAGCCAGGACUCCUGGGUUCUGGGAAGGGAAGUGCAUGGAGUGUACCAUGUUGCACUUAACACAUCCCCCAGCAGGGGGUGCUGCAGCUUUUGCUUUGGCAAGCGGAAUUUGGAGCGGAUUGUGUUAGAAGAGGCUGCGGGGAGGGGGCUCGGGGGCUGUGUGUGGCUUGUUGAUUGUCCUUUGUAAACUGAGGCACGAGGCGGUUGCCUUGCUGGUGCGGAGGGGGAGGGUCCUGCCCUGGGGACCCCGGCAGGCUGCGUUCAGGGGCUCUGCAGGGGGCUGGCAGGUUGAUCUAUGUUGUAAAUUUCAGGCUCUGGGCUCCAUCCAGGGGUCGGUUUGUACCGUGAUCGAAGGGCCCUUCCAAGGGCAUUAAAGUGUCGAAGCCAA